GUUUUGGACACCUCACAGGAAAAUAAAGAAAGUGUGAAGGAAGCGCAGCGGCCCGAUAAUGCGAAUAUCAGUUCAUCUGAAUUGGAGAAAAUUGCCGGUGAUAGCAUGGAGACUGAGCAGAAUGAUGCUGCUAAAAGCGAGCAGGCAAAAAUUGCUAGUGAUAGCAUGGAGACUGAGCAGAAUGAUGCUGCUAAAAGCGAGCAGGCAGUGGAAGCUGGAACAGAUGGAACUGGCCAGAAUGGUGCCAAAAAAGAGCAGGCAAUGGAUGUGGGAACUGAUGAAACUGACCACAAUGGUACUAAUAAAGAGCAGGCAGUGAAAGUGGGCGAAGAUGAAGCUGACCAGGAUUUUGCUGACAAUGAGGAAGUAGUGGAGGAGGCGAGAACUGAUGAAAACGAUGAAAAAGAAGCAACUGUGGAAGGAGCGGAAGUGGAACACGAAGAAAAUGAGGCGGCCCGGGAUGGAAAUGCCGUUGAGGAGCUCAAAAACGAACCAGUGAAAAAAACCGAACAGGAUGACACCGUCAAUGAAGAGGAGGAGGAGGAGGGGGCAAAGGAUGAGAACGCAGAUGAUGAGGAAGACAGUGAAGAUGACGGUGCCGAUGAGGAAAGCAGUGAUGUGGAGUACUUAGAACGAGCAUGGGAAACCCUAGAAAUUGCGCGGGCCAUAUGUGACAGACAUUUGGAUGAGCCGGGUUGGAAAGAGAAGAAAGUGGAUGUGCUGCUUGAAUUGGUGAAUUGCUCAGUUGAUGCGGAGAAUUAUCAGCUGGCAACGAAAGAUAUUGAUGCAUGCAUUGCACUAAUGCAAAGCAUUUUCGAACCGAACGAUCGCAAUUUGGCACACGCUUAUUUCAUGAAAGGAUAUGUCUUCAGUUUUACCAACGAUUUUGCAAAUGCAGUCAAAAUGUUUGAAAAAUCAAAGGAAUUGCUGGAGUCGAAAUUGAGUGAGUUUUAUGAAUUAUUUCAACUUCUUUUUUUUGCUCUGGCAAAUGUAAUUACGUCCCAAUGCCCAGAACUACUUUACAUAAUUGACCAUUCGCCUUCCUCCAAAUUUUUGAGACCCCUUCGGACGAUCGUCAGCAAAUCACAAAUGAAAACGAAGGUAUCGGACGGAGCCGAAGAGGAGAAUGCAAAGGAAAUCGAUGAAAUUGAAAAACUACUGCCAGAUAUUCAAGCGAAAAUUGUUGAUAGCUUGGAAAGUGCAAAAGUUUUGGCCAAGGUAGAACUUUCAUUUUUUUUUUUUUGGAUUUUCAUUGCUGCUGGGCGUAAUUUCCUGCACAAAUCUGCUGCUCGCAAGCCCCUGCGACAUAAUUUGUUUGGUGAUGAUUUGUUUCAUGCCUUUCCCCGUCUUCUUUUUUGCGUCGGAUCAUAA